AGAUUUUUCUCUCCCUCUCUCCCAUUGACCUUAUUCCAGUUUUGUCUCAUCAAUGAUGCAAGGUGAAGUAGAAUUGCAUCCCACGGAUCCGCAGAAGCUGAGUGGCUCCGCUCUUCUGCUUGGAAGUCCCGAUGAGAUGGAGGAUGAAGAAUGUGGUUCUGCUUGCUGUCGUAUCUGUCUGGAUGAGAAUAAUGACAGCGGCGGCGGCGGCGGUGGCUAUGAAUUGAUAUCACCGUGUACGUGCAAAGGCACUCAGAAAUUCGUGCAUCGUUCGUGUCUCCAUCGUUGGCGAUCGGUCAACGAUGGAGGCUUUGCUUUCUCUAACUGCACCACAUGCAGUGCUCAGCUUCACAUCCCUGACGAGCCCUUUGAUGAUAACGUCUCCGCCUGGGAUGUGUUUCUGAUGUGGCAGUUUGCUGCUGCUUUGAUGGGCCUGCUUACGUACAUGAUGGAUAUUCACGGAAACUUUCGCAGGUCUCUCGAAAAUGAACAGUUUAUUUGUAUAUUGGCAAAACAUCCCAUCCUGUUUUAUUAUUCCCUUGGAUCUGUAAUCAUCUUUGGGAUGUUUGGGGUUUUUAGCCUCGUUAUACGAUGUGGGAAUGAUCCGAGGAUAUAUGGCUGGGUGUCGUAAAACCUGUGUGUGACUAUUCUUUAAUUGCAAGUAAAAACUUUAUAUGGAGUUUGGCGCGCUUAGAAGAAAGAGGUAAAGGUUAUGCAGCUUUGUUUAGUAAUGUUUUUCUUUUCUUUAUCAAGGGGUUGUAAGUAUGUAAAUGUAUAAACUUGUAUUUGUAUGUAUAUGAGUUGAGGCAACAAUGUGGGCCAGUAGUGUAUUGAAUCUGAAUUUGAAGUGAUUUGAUUUUGAAUGAAUCUA